UGGGGGAGGAGGGAAAGCGGCGAGUAAGAUGGAAGAUGAGGAGGUCGCUGAGAGCUGGGAGGAGGCGGCAGACAGCGGGGAAAUAGACAGACGGUUGGAAAAAAAACUGAAGAUCACACAAAAGGAGAGCAGGAAAUCCAAAUCUCCUCCCAGAGUGCCCAUUGUGAUUCAGGACGAUAGCCUUCCCACGGGGCCCCCUCCACAGAUCCGCAUCCUCAAGAGGCCCACCAGCAACGGUGUGGUCAGCAGCCCCAACUCCACCAGCAGGCCAGCCCUUCCGGUCAAGUCCCUAGCGCAGCGGGAGGCGGAGUACGCCGAGGCCCGGAAGCGGAUCCUGGGUAGCGCCAGCCCUGAGGAGGAGCAGGAGAAACCCAUCCUCGACAGGCCAACCAGGAUCUCUCAGCCCGAAGACAGCAGGCAGCCCAAUAAUGUGAUCAGACAGCCCCUGGGUCCUGAUGGGUCACAAGGCUUCAAACAGCGCAGAUAAAUGUGGGCAAGAAAGGAUGCCACCACUGCUGCCAUCACCGCCUCCUGGGUCGUCUGCCACGGGUUGCACUGCUGUGGCAGACAGCUGGACUUGAGCAGAGGGAACGACCUGACUUACUUGCACUGUGAUCCCCCUUGCUCCGCCCACUGUGACCUUGAACCCCAUGCACUGUGACCUCCCCCCCUGCCCCCCUUCCCCCUGUGUUUGGCACGUCGACAAGGGCUGUCCCAAGUCAGUGGAAAGGGAAAGGGUGAGGGCUAGGGGAGGGUUGGGGGGACCCACCGAGGACUCAGAGUAGAAUCAGACAGUGCUGCUUGGGAUAAAGCUAGUGCCAGCAAUAACAGUUUAUCAUGCUCAUUAAUUUGGGAUUUCAAAACACAGAUGAGAACCUCCCCCCAAGUGCAUGUCUUCAUCACUUUAAAAGCAAGUUCCAUUUGAAAAUAUCCUUUCUCCCCACCCCCCCAUUUUUGUUUGUUUAUACAAAUAAUCUGAUUUGCAAGAAAAAGUGCAUGGGAGGAGUUUUAGCAUUUUAAUGAAUUUUUAAUUGAGAAAGGGUAGUUUGGUAGUCUACUUAAAAAUGUUUCUGGGAAAUUCGCUAGAAACAUUAACCAAUAGGAUUUUGGUGAGCUUAGCUUCUUCUGUAUUCCUACUGCCGCCCAGAAAAGGGGCAGGGCUCCACAGCCCACAGGACAGAUGAGUACCCAUGCCUAUACCUCCCUCCCCCAGCUAAGUUCCAGGGCAUCUUGGCCUGCCUAGAGACUGGGCUAGCUCUAUAGGCUCAGAGAGCCUGGGGAGGGUGCCAACCCCACCUCUAGUAUUUUGGGAGAUAGGGAAAGUGAACAGACUUCCCCUUCCCAUACCCCUCAGGGUGGUUCCCUACCAGCCAGGCUUGCUACUUCCAGAAGAGAGUCCAGUGUCAGAGAGUGAUACUCUGCACUCCUGGGCUCAAAAGUAAGAGAUGUGAGGCUUGUUCAGUAUUUUGUGUCAGCAUGAGGAAAACCAGAAGAGAGUCAGGCUCCAGAACUCUGAGCCUUCUGCCUAGUGUGGCCAGAAGGUGAGUAGAUCUUCCUUUAUAGCAAGGCUUGAACUCCCCAGGGUCUGUAGUGCUCCGUCUCCAUUGAUGGCACCGGCUCAGUAACUAUACCUGGUGCCCUUCUUUUUUGAAAUCAGUACCUUGGGAGCAAACCAUUCUGAAUACAGUUGGGAUGAAAGGAAAAGCCUUGCAUUGCAAAGAUUGGUUAUGACAGACUGGUUCCCCAGAGGCCUAGGCUACCUACCCUUCACCCCUUUUUCCAGAGCAAGGGUCUGGAAUGAAGGCAUUUUUCCUCCGUCCCUUGAACCUGGAGAUUUGCCUUGCCCUUGGGGUGGAAGAGGCAAAGAGGACAGCUGCCCAGAGCAGCUGUGUGAUGUGUGCCGUCUGGCUCUUCUCAGGCUGUCUGGCCUCUUCUCUUGCACUGCGCCUUAUCCCUCAGCCAGCCAGGCAGCCUCCUCACUCCCACCCAGCAGGUGGGUUGUGGAGUGGUUAGUGUGACAUUUUGCAAUUAGGGCAGCUCGUGGUGGUGGCCAAGGUGGCAAGCUAGGUUUAGCAGGCUCACUCUGCCUUUGGUUUACCUGGCUUAGCCUUGCCCUGUGGGAAUGGUAAGCCAGGCCCGGCUAGCCAUGUCCCACCACACCUCCCUGUAGGAGGAAGGGCUGGCCAGUUGAGUCAGUAAGUAGAGCAUAGCACAGCUUUAAAACUGUGUGAAGCCAGGAGAUUGUGAGCACAGCUGGAACCGAGCUCAGUCUGUGAGAGCCCACUGGUGGUUGAGUAAUGCCCACAGCUGUUCUAAGGGGGAAUUUUACCACCACAGUGGGCAAGGGAGAACGUUGGCUGCUAUCUUUAUAGUUCCACUGCCCUGACCAAGCUUCUGCAUUCUAAAAUGUGUGGUUUUGGCUAUUCCUUAUGUAAUAGUGGUCUCUGGGCCAAGGCGAGAUUGUCCCUUCAGUGGCAGAGGUAGGCCAGGUGGGAAGACCAGAGGUGCUGAUUGCUCAGCCGUUGGGACCACCUGUUCAUUGGCCCCCCUCCCCUAGUGGGAGCCAAAGGAAGGACUCGCUGACGGGUGUCUGCAGACUGAGGAUAUGGCAAGGACUGGUGCGCCCACCUCCCUACGGCCAAAGAUGGGGCUCUGCCCACUGUGUGCCCGUCACACCCACCAGCAGUCAUGCUCUGGCUUCCCAGGUUGAGAGGUGGCAGGCAGGAAAAAGAAAACAGGAAACUGAUGUGUUGGGGGGAGGCGGGAGGGGAGAUGGGAGAACGGUUUGGAUUUGUUUUGUUUUGUUUUGUUUUUGUAGUUGUCUGUAACUCUCCUUAAGUGCUUUUUUUUUUUUUUUUUUUUAAAAGUAAGCUGCAGGCUUUGGCUUGGAAAACUUCAGGGGGGUGGGGGGCAGAAACCUGAGGCUGCUGCCCCUUUAUCUGCCUUCAUGGUACUGUCCCCUUCCCCCAGCUUCUCCCUGACCCCACGAUCCAGGCCUCAGACCUUCCAGGUAACCGCUUCCCGUGAGCCACUACUCUGAUGUCAGCCUAUAACCAAAGGAGCUGGGGGGGUCUGGGCCUGGUGACCAACCCUUCUCAGCCCAUUCAAUCAGGGUGCUCCCCACCUGCAGGCAGGAGGCAACACCCUAUCUGCUACCAUCAGACCCUUCCAGAGCCCACCUGCCCUGCCCAGCCCUGCCCUGUCCAGCCCAGCCAUACCCUGCUCUGCCCCAUCUGGGCAUGCUCUGCUCAGGGAUGGGCCGGCGGGGCUACAUCCAGCCUCCCUGGUAAGCAGAGACUCAAGAAACCUCUGGGGUCUUGUUUUCUGGUCAUGUGAUUUCCAGGGGUGUGCAUGAGCCCCUUGGGUGUCUGAUCCGAAGGGCAUGGGAGGGAGGGCCGCACCUCUGCAGUCCUGCUCUGCUGGUGUAGCAGGCAGCUGCCCACCCCCACCCCACCCCGCACCGCGGGCUCCUGAGUCGGCAGAUUAAGCAUUUUAUAAAUUGUAUUUUAAAUACAUGUUUUAAACUUGUCA